CGACUAUAAGUAUUCCCAUCUCGCCUGUUCGCCUCCUCAUCAUCCAAGCAUCAAAAAGAAACAUGAUGUCCAACAUGCUCACUUCCAUCUUCGUCCUUUCCCUCGCCAUCCAAACCGGCCUGGCAAAGGCUGGCCCUCUCAACGACUUGCCAUCCGAACAAGCCAUCUCCGUCACAAAGACCAUCGACCCUGGCUAUCCCCCAACUACCCUCGUCGCUGUCAAACGAGACGAAGAGACCCUUCUUCCCCUGCCGGAUUGGAAUAUGAACCACGCUCGCUUUACGACCCAUACCUUGCCUCAUAUGGGAGAACCGACCCUCGGUAUCAACCAUGAGGAGAAACGCUUUGCCACUCAUACCUUGCCGCAUAUGGGGGGACCGACUCUUGGUAUCAUCCCCGAGAAACGUUUUGAUUGCUCUGCUGAUGAGGAUGCUUGUAAGGGAACGGUGAAUAUUCCGUGA